AUGUGCGAAGGCCUCGUGGCCAAGUUAAAUGAACUCAUGGAUUUCUUACGCUUUUCCAAGUCAUCGACUGCUGAUUUUUACGGUGUUGUGACUUUCAUGUUUCGUGCCUCAUCAACGGAUAAAGACAAUUUUACUUGCAUACGAACCAUUGAUAUGCGUCAAGGUUUAGAGAUAGACAAUACGACAUUGCAUCCUCAGGAUCCUUUUUUGCCAGAGGUAGCAGUAGUGUACGUAAGUCUAGCAGACUUUUUGUACAUGUACUCGGGAGAAGCAACGGCAACGGAGAUUGCUGGAAUGGUCAUGUCUGGUCGCGUGUCGGUGCCGUGGAAUUCGUACGGCAAGUUGAAAGCAUUUGCAGAGUGUUUUGACUUUUCAACGGAAAAGUGGGAUGCAUAUUAUGCGGAUUUGAAAGCUCGCGGUGUUGUGGUGAAGAUUUCAGAAUGUACGCAAACGUGUUGCAAACAGAGCACGAAGGAGGACAUUGAGGCAAAUUGGCUACUGGUGUCAGAUGCAACGACGUCGACUGGAAAGGGAGACUGGGAAGUGGUUUCGGACCUGCAAUGUCUGAAUGUGUCAAAAGAGAAACGUGAACAGGUGGAAAAGGCUUUUGACCUUACGUCGUUGGAGCAGUGGCUAGCCAAAUUGUGGAAUGGCAAUAGGGAUCGACCUGAAAACACGCGGUCAGCUCGAUCGCUUCAGUCUAACGUGAAGAAUUCGCUCAGUGAUCUCAAGUUAAUGGCAGGAAAGUUCUUUGUGUCGCUGGAGGCCUAG